UGGGUAGCAGGGCCUUGUGUCGGGUUGGGUCCUCAAGGACGCCUGGGCCGAUGACGAGCAGGGCUGUGACGAGGAGUAAAGCGGAGCACCGAUUCCUUGGGCGUCGUCCACUCUGCGGUGUGUGGUGCAGUCGGUAACGUGCCAUGUAAAGCCGUGGACCCAACCCCUGGCUCGGACCCGGUGAGGGGCUGCUGAAGAUUUGAAAUUGAGUAAAUCAUUGGUCAAAUAUUAAGGAGUCUAUAUUCUCUUGUAAGGCCCCAGAUGAAUACCAGGUUUCCUUCAAGUAGGAUGGUGCCUUUUUAUUUUCCUCCAUCAAAGUAUGCACUCUGGAACCCAAUACCAAUUGGAGAUGUCAUCUACUUACAUUUCAGUUACUACAGAAAUCCCAAGCUUUUUGUGACUGAAAAGACCCUUCGGCUUGCUUAUCGUCAUGCUAAGCAGAAUCAGAAAAUUUUGUCAUGCUUUUUGCUUGGUUCUCUUACAGUGGAUGAAGAUGAAGAAGGUGUGACACUGAGAGUAGAUCGCUUUGAUCCUGGUCGAGAAAUGCCUGAAUGUUUAGAAAAAAUCCCAAGUGCCUCUCUUCCUGGUGACUUUCUGAUUCCAUGUAAAAUUCAUACUCAAGGACUUGGUGCAAGAGAAAUGAUGGCUCACAGUGCAAAUGACUUGAGUUCAACUUUUAAGGCUUUGCAACAUCAUGUAAGUAGCAAAGACUCCUUGGACUGUAGUAAGCUGCUUUCCCUAAGAGCUCAAAUCACUUUCCGGGAGAAUUUGGACGAUGUGGAUUUCGAGUUUUGCUGGGCAGCAGUAACCUUCUCAAAUAACUUUAGAUGCACACCUGUGAGGCCCAUCCCUAUUAUUCCAACAGCUUUGGCAAGAAACUUGAGCAGUAAUUUGAAUAUUGCUCAAGUUCAAGGGACCUAUAAAUAUGGGUAUCUUACCAUGGAUGAAACUCGUAAAUUGUUACUUUUGCUGGAAUCUGAUCCCAAAGUUUAUUCUCUGCCAUUAGUAGGAAUUUGGCUAUCUGGAAUUAUACAUAUCUACAGUCCUCAAGUAUGGGCUUGCUGCUUGCGAUACAUGUUUAGUUCUUCUAUUCAAGAAAGAGUUUUUUCGGAAUCUGGAAAUUUUAUCAUAGUCCUCUACUCUCUGACACAUAAGGAACCCGAGUUUUAUGAAUGCCUCCCUUGUGACAGUGGUGUCUCUGACCUUCAGUUUCAGUUAUUAACCAACAAAGAUACAUUACAUCUUUUCAAAAAUGUUGAGCCUUCUGACAAAAACUCAAUCUAUUUUGAACUGAGUGCAGAAAGCCAAACUGCAGAAACAGAGUUAUUCAGCAAGGUUUCCGCGGAACUUUCAGCUACGAGAUUAUCCCAAAAAUCAUCUCCUGGGAAGGUGCCACUAAGGGAUCUUGACUCUGGUGUUGAAGAUGAAGAUUUUUCUCCAAGACCCAUUCCUAGUCCUCAUCCAGUGAGUCAGAAGAUGUCAAAGAUCCAGCCAUCAGUUCCUGAACUUUCGCUUGUGUUGGAUGGCAGUAUUACGGAAUCAAACCCUCUUCCUAAGCCCCUGGAAGUGGGGAAGGAUGACAGUUCUCCUCUGUUAAUGAACCACUCUGUGAACCCACUGCAACCCCACGUCUGUGAUGAGAAACAGAGCUUUGAACCUGGAGAAUCUCCCUUGAGACAGAUACCGGAUCAGUUAAGGCAGGGAACUGUUCCUUUGAGGCACUGCAAAGUAAGACAGACAUCUGCCUGUGCAAAAGGAAGCCCUUAUGUCAGGGACAGUGUCAAGCCAGCGUUUCCUAAUGGGCCAGUUUCUGAUACAUCUGAAAAACUUCCAGCAGUUUCUGCUGGACAUGUGCCUAAAGAAGAAUAUUCUGACAGACCUUCUACACUUAAUUCUAGACAGUCUUCUCUUGCUCCACAGCCUCACUUAAAUAAUUUUGUUUUACCUCAUAUUUUGGAAGGACCAGUGGAACUUCAGAUGCCUACUCUGUCAUCACCAUCUUACUAUUGUACAAAUGUUUGUGGAUGUUGUCGGCGUCAUGGCCAUAUUCAAUACAGUCCAAUAAAGUCUUGGCAAGGUACAAAUACAGUAGGAUCAUUUCAAGACCUGCCAUCUGAAGCUCUUCAGAAGCAUCCAUUAUUUCACCCAAGUGGAUGUCCUGCUGUGUGCCAUAACGCCUUGUAUUCUUCAAGUAGUCCAAUAGCCUUGAGACCUCAGGGAGGUAUGGGCAAUUGUUCUCCUUGCAAUAAUAGUGAACCAUCUCCUGUGGCAAAUCUGCCUUCACGCGUGGAUCCUUGUACUCCACAGCCGUGUGCAGUGUGUAUUCACACACCCAAGACUGAGUCUGAUAAUGGCAUGAUGGGUCUGACUCCAGAUGCGUAUCGGUUCCUCACAGAGCAAGACAGACAACUGAGACUACUUCAGGCCCAGAUUGAGCGUUUGUUGGCAGCACAGUCGCUGCAGGCCUGCUCCUGUAAGACAACCAGUGCUGAAGACACAGUGCAAGCAGCCAGACCAAAGGAGCUCGUGUCCAUGGAAGCACAACCUUCCCCUGGCUUACACACGAGAAAAAGUGUGAGCAUCGCUGUGAGCACAGGUGCCAGCUUGUUCUGGAAUGCCGUGGGUGACGACCAGGAGCCAGACCCUCAGCGGAAGCACGAUGAUACCAAGAUUUCCAGUGAGGACAUGAAUUUUUCUGUUGAUAUUAAUAAUGAAAUCACAAGUCCGCCGGGUAGUGCCUCGUCCCUAAAAGCCGUCGAUAUUCCCAGCUUUGAAGAGAGCAGCACUGCCGUGGAGGAAGAUUGUAACCAGCCACUUUCUGUAUCAAACUCCUGCCCGAGUAAAAGGAAGGAACCUGAGGUGCAGGCCGGCUUUCCUAAUGCCCCGCUUGCAGAUAGUGCGAACAUGUGCUUACAGACACGACCAACAGAGGGCGCCAACGACCCUGAAACAUCUCAGGAGAUGAAAACCGAGCAAGGAGCGCAACCCUUGCUACAGGGACACGGACUGUCAGAGAACCAAAAAAUUUAUGAGGAAUUAUUGGGUCAAGUGAACCAGCUAUUAAAUAACUCCUCCCAAGAAACUGAGCAGCCAUCUGCCAAUGCAGUAAUAAUUAGCCACGAAUGUACCAGAACUGAGAAUGUUUACCAAAAAAAGAAAAAAAUACAAGAUUCAGCACUGGUAGACAAAGAUUGUGUCCUUAAUGCAACUAUUAAGCAGCUAAGAAGCCUUGGAGUAAAAAUUGAUUCUCCCACUAAAGUGAAGAAAAAUGCACGUAAAGUGGAUCAUGCCAGUGUAUUGGCGUGCAUCAGCCCGGAAGCAGUGAUCUCUGGACUAAACUACAUGUCAUUUGCUAAUGUUGGUGUGAGUGGUUUAAGCCCCAACGGUGUGGACUUGAGCAUGGAGGCAAAUGCCAUAGCUCUGAAAUACUUAAAUGAAAAUCAGCUGUCACAACUAUCUCUUAAUCAGUCAAAUCAAAAUCACUGUGACUCGGUCAGCCCUCUGCAUUUUAAUGGGGACAGAAGUACAGUUGGGCUGAGUUUAAUUUCACCAAGCAACAUGUCAUUUGCAACCAAAAAAUACAUGAAGAGAUAUGGACUCAUACAAAGCAGUGACAAUAGUGAAGAUGAGGAGGAGCCUCCCACCAGCACAGACCAGAGUGAACCCGUGCUGAUUGAAAACCUUACAGCCAUGGCCGAACAGCUCAGUCAUCAGAAAGUGUCUUCUAGGAACACCUGUGAGGUAGUUAACUGCUACAGCUAUGAGUCUGUGGGCACCCACCCAGACACGCCAGUGUUGAGAAAUAUUACAAAUGAAGCUGUACCACCAAAAGCGAAACAGCAGUUGAAUGAAAACCCAGAUUUCUGCCUAACGAAGCUUAAACCAAGCCCUGCAGUGAACCUCCGGACUGGAAAAGCCGAGUUUACUCAACACCCUGAGAAGGAAAAUGAAAGGAAGGUUCUAGUUUUCCCAGAAAGUUUGCAGCCUUCUGAGACUUUAAACCAAAUGAAUAGCAUGAAUUCAGUAGGCACCUUCUUAGAUGUAAAGCGUCUCAGGCAGCUGCCAAAGCUGUUUUAAACCUUUAGCCUCCUGCCCUUGUGGGAAGCCAGAGCCUUUGGGUAGUUUUGAGAUUCGCGGUCAUUCUAGCACUCAGGCUCAUCCUUGGUGGCGGCCGUUUGCAAAGAGCUGGCCGGGUGACUUGGUCAUCCACGUGAGGUCAGUUACUGCAGACACCAUACUUCUGAAUCUGCACUCCUCUUCCUACUGGGUGCUUCAGGAAGUGAGUCCGUUGUCCUGGCGUGUCAGAUCUCUGCAUCUACCCAGUGUCACCUACUGAACAUGGAGGCCUCAUGACUCAGGUUAAAAUUAAAAAAUCAGCCCUUCUUGAGUUUAAGGGAAAUAGUUAUCUUUUUUAAAUAACAAAAUCUUUUGUACAGGGACAGCAUUUCCUCUUAAGAUGUAUCUGUAACAGCGUGGAAGUAAAAUUUGUGCCGUGUGAUGGGCUUACAUUAAUGUGACAUUCUCGAUGUACAGCACUAGUUGCCAUAGGAUGAUAAAUUGUUGGGUAUGUUUUAAAAGCUGAGCUAUUCAAAUGACUUAAUAUUUUGAUAGAACUUAAUAAUAAAAAGUCUUCCUUUGUUAUCUGCUGUGGUCCAUCCUUCCUUACUUUUUUUAAGCUCUCCAAAAUAAUACGAAGUGUUUGGCUGUACUCCAACUCAGGGCCCCCCACCAUGAUAAUGUUUGACAUAAACAUAGGACAUUAUCAAAGCCAUGAAGUUGUCAUUGAAG